AUGGGGAGGUCUCCGUGCUGCGAGAAAGGGCACACGAACAAGGGGACGUGGACGAAGGAAGAGGACGACCGCCUGGUGGCGUACAUACGGGGGCACGGGGAGGGCUGCUGGCGGUUGCUGCCCAAGGCCGCCGGGCUCCUCCGCUGCGGGAAGAGCUGCCGGCUCCGGUGGAUCAACUACCUCCGCCCCGACCUGAAGCGCGGCAACUUCACCGACGAGGAGGACGAUCUCAUCAUCAAGCUCCACCGCGUCCUCGGCAACAGGCGGUGCCCUGAGAGAACCCACCCAGAAUCACUCUUUCUUCGAUAUCUGCGAGAAGAAAGCGAAGCUAAACGCCGAUCUUUUGUGGUGGUUCAGGUGGUCUCUGAUCGCCGGGAGGCUGCCGGGAAGAACGGACAACGAGAUAAAGAACCACUGGAACUCCCAUAUCAAGAGGAAGCUUCUGCGCAGCGGCAUAGACCCCGCCACGCACCGUCCCUGCAGGGCAUCCCUCUCGGGAGAGAAUUCCGUCUCUGAGGAGAAGGCGGAGGAAGUUCGCCGAGAGCUGGAGGCGCCGCCGCAGGAUCCACCGUGCCCCGACCUUAACCUCGACCUCUCCAUAAGCCUGCCCUACGGGCAGCAGCAGCAACAGAAGCAACAGCAGCAAAGGCGCGGAGGCUGCUUCAUCUGCAGCUUGGGAUUGCAGGGAGGCGAUGGCUGCGAGUGCAACGACUUCCGCCGCCUCAGCACGGGCGCUCUGGACUACAGAGGCCUUCAGAUGAGUCUGUGA